AUGACUGUUGAUUCUAGUGAAAACACUUAUGGCUUUGGUACUCAAGCCAUCCAUGCUGGAGCCCCUAUUGAUCCUACCACUGGUGCUGUAAUUGAACCAAUUUCUUUGUCCACUACGUUUGGUCAACUGGAACCAGCUAAACCUUUAGGUAUCUAUGAAUACUCUCGUUCUGCUAACCCAAACAGAGAUAACUUUGAAGCUGCUGUUGCAGCCUUGGAAAAGGCCAAAUAUGCCCUUGCUUUGAGUAGUGGUUCUGCUACUACUGCUUUGGUUAUUCAAUCAUUACCAGUUAACUCCCACAUUGUUUCUUCUGGUGAUGUUUACGGUGGUACUUACAGAUAUUUCACAAAGGUUGCCAACACCCAUGGUGUUGCCGCUACUUUUGUCCCUGACUUAGUGGCUGACUUGAAGGCCAACUUGAAGGAAAACACUAGAUUAGUGUGGUUAGAAACUCCCUCUAACCCAACUUUGAAGGUUACAGACAUUGCUAAAGUUGCCGAAAUCUUGAAGGAACAUGAAUUCAAUACUGGUAUCAAGCCUUUGUUGGUUGUUGAUAACACUUUCCUUUCCCCUUAUGUUUCUAACCCCUUAUCUCAUGGUGCUGAUGUUGUCGUUCACUCUGUUACUAAAUACAUCAAUGGUCAUUCAGACGUUGUUAUGGGUGUUUUGGCAACCAACAGUGAUGACUUGCACGAACAAUUUAGAUUCUUACAAAAUGCCAUUGGUUCAAUUCCUUCACCUUUUGACUCUUGGUUGGCUCACAGAGGUUUAAAGACUUUGCAUUUGCGUGUAAGACAAGCUGCUACUUCAGCUCAAGCUAUUGCUGAAUACUUGUCCAAAUCUGACAAGGUUAUUGCUGUUAACUACCCAGGUUUAAAGUCUCACUUAAACCAUGACGUUGUUGUUAAGCAACACCGUGAUGCAUUAGGUGGGGGUAUGAUCUCUUUCAGAAUUAAAGGUGGUGCAGAUGCUGCUUCAGCUUUCACAUCUUCUACCAAGUUAUUUACUUUGGCUGAAUCUUUAGGAGGUAUCGAAAGUUUGAUUGAAGUUCCUGCUGUUAUGACUCAUGGAGGUAUUCCAAGAGCUGAACGUGAAGCCAACGGUGUUUACGAUGACUUAAUCAGAGUCAGUGUAGGUAUUGAAGAUACCGAAGACUUGUUACAAGACAUUGAACAAGCCUUGAAUGCUGCUUCUGCUUAA